AUGGCGGCGCCGGGUUUCUCCGGAGGCGCGCUGCCUCCCCGUCCAGCUGCUGCCACGAAACGUCGUUCCUUCGUCGCUCCUCAUCGCCAAUCUGCCUCGAUUCCCCUCACUGCCAACCUGCCUCGUCGCCAAGAAGGCCCUUCUCCCGGCGGCGGCAGCGGCAGGAUGCCUUCUCCCGGCAGUGGCAGCAGCGGCUUACCUCGCCGGUUCCCCAACGACCAGCCUCUACUCGGCCCUCGCGCGUUGACCUUCACGGAGCUUCACGCCGCCACCUGGGACGCCGGCAGCACCACAACAUCACCAGCACACGUCUAUGAGGUUGCCGGCGACGACUUCAGCCCCAACCAUUGGACGCCUGACUACUCGCAACCAAGGGCUUCAAGUGCAGCAGGAAGUGGAUAUUUCACAAAUAUAUUGACACAGGAAGUGGAUGAUGAUUUGGAAUUGUUGAGGCAGCAGGAUGCCACUCCAAGUACUGGCGGCAAAUCCAAGCGAGGCAGCAACUACACUAAUCUUGAAGAUAUCCAACUUUGCAAAUCUUGGAUUCAUAUCAGCAAUGAUCCUAUCAUAGGGAAUCAGCAGCCAGGAAAAACUUAUUGGGAGAGGAUCGCAAAUGAUUUCCACAGGAACAGGGACUUUGAGUCCGAUAGGACUCCCAAUUCACUCGAGCAUCGCUUUGGGAUCAUACUAAAGGAGUGCAUGAAAUUCCAAGGCUACUACGAGGAGGUCGAGCGUCGUCAUCCAAGCGGCAUUCCAUACCAAGAGCAUACCGAGGAACAUAUGAUGAAGAAAGAAAGGUGGGAGAAGGAUAUGAUGCUUGAGCAACGCAGGCUUCAGAUGGAGGAGGAGCGGCUGCAGUGGGAGCAGGAACAAAAAAUUAUGUUUUGUGAUUUGACCACCAUGGACGAUGAUCAAAGGGCAUACGUGAAGGCAAAGAGAGCGAAGAUUGUGAAGGCGAUGAGUGCUAGUGUAGGCGAGACAGCUAGUGGUGAGAGUGGAGUGUAG